AUGGCCAAGUUUGGUAUCCAAGUUAGUAUGGGGCAAUGUAGAAGAGCAAAGAAGUAUACACUGAAACUUGUUGAAGGAAACCUUGUUGAACAUUAUGGUAAGCUAUGGUCAUAUGGUCAUGAGAUUUUAAGGACAAAUCCUGGGUCAACUGUGAAACUAGAUAUGGAGGAUGGGCCAGAUGGAAAGAAAUAUUUUAGCAAGUUCUAUUGUUGUUUUCAAGGAGUUAAACAAGGUUGGAUUGAAGGGUGUAGAAGGGGAGAAUUGCUUUGUGCUAUUGGGAGGGAUGCAAAUGACAAGAUAUAUCCUAUUGCUUGGGCAGUGGUUAAUGUGGAGAACAAGCAGAAUUGGAAGUGGUUUCUAGAGCUUCUCAUUGAUGAUCAACACUUGAAUUUAGGCAAUGGUUUCAGUUUAAUGUCAGAACAACAUAAGGGUUUGAUAGAGGCUGCUAAAGAGUUGCUGCCAUAUGUAGAGCACAGGCAGUGUGCUAGACAUAUUUUCCAGAAUUUGCAGAAGAGAUUUACUGGUGCCAUAUAUCAUACCUUGUUUUGGAGAGCAUCUAAAGCCACAACUGAGCAUUCUUUUAAAGUUGUGAUGAAAGAAAUUGAGACAUUGAACCCAGAAGCCCAUCAAUAUCUCAUGGAGAAAGAUCCUAAAACAUGGUCUAGAGCUUUUUUUCAAACUGGAAGGUGUUGUGAUGCAGUUGAAAAUGGGUUCUCAGAAAGUUUUAAUGUUGUAAUAGUAGAUGCUAGGAAGAAGCCCAUAAUAACCAUGUUAGAGGAGAUAAGAUUAUACAUGAUGGACAAAAUCUACAACAUAAAAUUAAAGGGACAACAAUGGGGAAAUCAUAUUUGUCCAGAGAUAAGGGAUAAGGUGAAUUUUCUUAAAAAAGCUCAAAGGCAUUAUCAGGUACUACCAAGUGGACUAAACCAGUUUGAGGUAAGGGGAGCAAUAGAUGCAUAUGAGGUGGACUUAGAAAGAAAAACAUGCUCAUGUAGGUUGUGGCAAUUGAAUGGAUAUGGAUGUGCUCAUUCUGUAGCUAGCAUAUCCUUUCUUAAUAGGGAUGUAGAAGCCUAUGUAGACAACAUGUUUAGCUACAACCACAUUUAG